AUGGCCUCUGCCACAGCACCAACAACUCUCUCUCUCCUCAAAGCAGCCGCCUCCUCCACCUCAACCUCCACAGCUGUCCGUGCCUCUCUCCUCCCAGUCUCCACCUCCGGCCUCCGCACAACCAGCCUCCGUGGUCUUGGUUUCUCUGCUGCAGACCCAUUGUUUAGUUCUCAUGUGGUGUCAAAAAUCCGAUCUUUCAAGCCAAAUGGUAAAGCACCAAGAGCAGUGGUGUCUAUGGCAAAGAAGAGUGUUGGUGACUUGACAGCCGCUGAUUUGAAAGGAAAGAAAGUGUUUGUUAGAGCCGAUUUGAAUGUGCCUCUUGACGACAACCAGAAUAUUACUGAUGAUACUAGAAUCAGAGCUGCUAUUCCUACCAUUAAACAUUUGAUUUCCAAUGGCGCUAAAGUUAUUCUUUCUAGUCAUCUGGGACGACCAAAAGGUGUUACUCCAAAAUUCAGCUUGGCACCUCUUGUACCCCGGUUAUCUGAACUUCUUGGAAUUCAGGUUGUGAAAGCUGAUGAUUGCAUUGGCCCAGAAGUAGAAAAGUUGGUUGCUUCACUUCCUGAGGGUGGUGUUCUUCUUCUUGAGAAUGUCAGAUUUUACAAGGAAGAAGAGAAGAACGAACCCGAAUUCGCAAAGAAGCUUGCUUCCAUGGCAGAUCUUUAUGUAAAUGAUGCAUUUGGAACAGCACAUAGAGCACACGCCUCAACUGAGGGAGUCACAAAAUUCUUGAAGCCAUCUGUUGCUGGUUUCCUGUUGCAGAAGGAGCUGGACUACCUUGUUGGGGCAGUUUCAAGCCCAAAGAGGCCAUUUGCUUCCAUUGUGGGUGGUUCUAAGGUCUCAUCCAAGAUUGGAGUCAUUGAGUCGCUUCUGGAGAAGUGUGAUAUCCUCCUUUUGGGUGGAGGUAUGAUUUUCACAUUUUACAAGGCGCAAGGCCUCUCAGUAGGUUCAUCCUUGGUUGAGGAAGAUAAGCUUGAUUUGGCAACAUCACUCCUUCAGAAGGCCAAGGCAAAAGGAGUGUCUCUUUUGCUACCCAGUGAUGUGGUAAUUGCAGACAAGUUUGCUCCUGAUGCAAAUAGCAAGACUGUGCCAGCAUCAGCCAUUCCUGACGGUUGGAUGGGACUGGAUAUUGGACCAGAAUCUGUGAAGACAUUCAAUGAAGCUUUGGAAACCACCCAAACUGUUAUCUGGAAUGGACCCAUGGGAGUGUUUGAGUUUGAUAAGUUUGCAGUUGGAACAGAGGCCAUUGCAAAGAAGCUUGCUGAGCUUAGUAGCAAGGGAGUUACAACUAUUAUUGGAGGUGGAGAUUCUGUUGCAGCUGUAGAAAAAGUAGGAGUUGCUGAUGUUAUGAGCCAUAUAUCAACGGGUGGUGGUGCCAGCUUGGAAUUGUUGGAAGGGAAAGAGCUUCCAGGUGUCCUUGCUCUUGACGAAGCCGAACCAGAUUUGUUGAAUAAAAUGGCUACUAAGAAGAGUGUUAGCAGUCUUAAGGAAGCAGAUUUGAAGGGAAAGAGAGUGUUUGUGAGAGUAGAUCUGAAUGUUCCGUUGGAUGAUAACUUUAAUAUUACUGAUGAUACUAGGAUCCGUGCUGCCGUUCCCACUAUCAAGUACUUGAUGGAUCAUGGUGCCAGAGUUAUUCUAUCUUCUCACUUGAUUUUGGAUAUUUGCAUGCAAGCAGAUUUGCGCUUCGUUGUACUUCCUGCCAUUGUUUUAAGCGAUAGAUUGGAUGCCACUCCUAGCUUUUACAAAGCUAUGGGAUUGAACGAUGUUGGAGGACGCCCAAAGGGUGUUACACCUAAAUACAGCUUAAAGCCUCUUGUACCAAGACUAUCUGAACUUCUUGGUGUUGGGGUUAAGAUGGCAAAUGAUUGUAUUGGUGAGGAAGUUGAGAAAAUGGUGGCUGAGAUUCCAGAAGGGGGUGUUUUGCUCCUUGAAAAUGUACGGUUCCACAAGGAGGAAGAAAAGAAUGACCCCGAAUUCUCCAAGAAGCUUGCUUCUCUUGCUGAAGUCUAUGUGAAUGAUGCAUUUGGUACUGCUCACAGAGCCCAUGCUUCCACCGAGGGAGUCGCUAAAUACUUGAAGCCUGCUGUUGCUGGUUUCCUUAUGCAGAAGGAACUUGACUAUCUUGUUGGAGCUGUGGCAAAUCCCAAGAAGCCAUUUGCUGCUAUUGUUGGUGGCGCAAAGGUAUCAUCCAAGAUUGGAGUGAUUGAAUCCCUCUUGGCGAAGGUUGACCUUCUCUUCCUGGGUGGAGGAAUGAUCUUUACUUUUUACAAAGCCCAAGGGUACUCAGUUGGGUCAUCCCUUGUGGAGGAAGACAAGCUUGAUCUCGCAACUUCUCUUAUUGAGAAGGCCAAGGCCAAGGGUGCAAUUUUGUGGCAGGUGGUACCAGCUUCUGAGAUAGCAGAUGGGUGGAUGGGUUUGGAUAUAGGACCUGAUUGCAUCAAGACAUUUAGCGAGGCAUUGGAUACAACCAAAACCAUUAUUUGGAAUGGACCAAUGGGUGUCUUUGAGUUCGAGAAGUUUGCAGCGGGAACUGAGGCAAUUGCGAGGAAGCUUGCUGAGCUCAGUGGCAAGGGAGUGACAACCAUCAUUGGAGGAGGUGACUCUGUUGCUGCUGUGGAGAAGGCUGGACUCGCUGACAAGAUGAGCCACAUCUCAACAGGAGGUGGCGCCAGCUUAGAGCUUCUUGAGGGGAAAUCACUGCCUGGAGUCCUGGCUCUUGAUGACGCUUAA